CAGCUGCUCGGCAGCGCUGCCAUGGCCCAGGCACAGCUCAGCUCCUGGCUGCUCCUGUGCGUGUUUGCUGCAUCCCAGAGGCUGACAGAUGAACAUCCUCACAGCGGCACCAACAGAGCCCGUCGUGGCCCAGAGGACGCUGGCAUCAUGUUAGAGAUGCUCUGGGGAAGGCUGGAUAUUCAGGCCAACGGGACAAUCCGGCUGCGGGAUGAAGAGCUGGCCUCCCUACGCCCGGCACGGCGCUUCCUGCAGAUUUUAGAGGAGGAAGUUCCCAAAACACCGGCAGAGAUUGAGCAGCAUCUGAGAUAUUAUUCACUGACUGACACUCCCUUGCCUGCAACGGAGUUUGACCGUCUCCUUUUCACCGGUGUUUACAGUGCCUAUCAGGUUCGCUCUGUGCAGGGUUUGGAUAAAAACCCCUGGAUUCGUUUUUUCUCUCAGCUGGUUGAUGAAAUCUUUCGUGACCUGUGCAAGGGGCUCUGCCCUGCAAAUACCACUCUCCUCCAGGCUUCCUGGCCUUGGAAGGACAAACCUUCACAUUUAGCAUCCCUGAAACAUUUCUAUCGCUCUAACCUGGCCAGGACCAAGAGAGACACUUAAUGAGGGAACCCUCCAUAGGAAAGGGCACACCUGGCUUCAGCUGCCUCCUUGGUUAUUUUCAAUGCUUUCCACAGUGUGCAGGACUUUGAAUAAAUAUGCCACACCUUUUUGUCCUGCUUUCUGCACAGUGCUGGCCACCCUCUCAGGAUUUA